ACGUCCGUAUAACAGCGCUAUAUCAUUGCUAUUGUUCAUCUCACAUUUGCUCUUCUCUAGCUCUAUCUAGGAUAUUUUUAUUAAUUUCAAUUCACUUUUGAAAGCUGAAUGAUAUGGAUGCUGUUCCUGUCUUGAAUGAUGUAACUGAGGGAAGAAUCUCCAAUUUAAUUAACAACUCUACUAGAACAAUGACGGAAUAUCUUUUUGAGUAUUAUGAGUGGGCACAGUCACUAUCAGAUAAAAGAACAAAAGGCUGGCUACUUGUGGAUUCACCACUGCCAACAUUGCUCUGUGUUCUAUUCUACCUGAUAGCAGUUCGCAUAGGACCUGUCUUCAUGCGAAACAGGCGACCCAUGAAACUUAAGUGGAUUCUCAUUCCCUACAACCUUCUUAUGACACUACUCAACUUGUAUAUUGUUAUACAGUUGUUGAUAGGUUCGAUAAGACUGGGAUACAACUACUUAUGUCAAGCAAUUGGGCAAAUCGAUCACAAAGAAGAGUUAAGGAUAGCAAACGCAGUAUGGUGGUACUACUUCUCAAAGCUGCUAGAGUUUUUUGGACUCAGGGAU